GAGUAAUGAGGGUAUAUAAGCCUGUGCGCGGGCCGGGGGCGGCGAGGCUGGGCUGGAUCACACGACACCUUGCAUCUUUCGAUUUGGUUGAGAAUUGAUAGUGUAACAUGGGCAACAUUUUGGGGACGGUGUUUCGAAGGAAACGGCUUGUGCGGUUUCAAAACUGCAGCGGAAGCCAGAAAAAGAUGGCGAUGGCCGCUGACCUGAACGAGUUCCGAGCCAUUGCCAGAGAGAAACUGGGUUUUGGUGGAAACGAUGACAUCAAAGUUUUAGAGUCAACCACAGGGUUUGAACUUGAAGACGAUGAUGUUUUCGUCCACCUGGACCCAAACAUACCGCUGACAGUGGUGAACCUAACCCGAGGCCAGGAGUGGACCCGUCCCCCAGAUGUGCCCUCGUUAAGUCAAUCUCAUCCGCUGUUCGUUCAGCCACCACACCAUCAGGUGGCAGGUCGUGAUGCAAGCGGGACGUACACAAUCACCAACAAUGUGUACAACAUCCGAGCCCAGCUGGUGCAAGUGGGCGAUAGACAGACUGUGCUGUCCGGAGUUCCGACAGGAGCUACAGAGGACGAGGACUCUCAGUUCUGAUCGCCACUUAAACCACCGCUGGGUUUCUGGAUCUGACUUCCACAGUAGACUCGGGCACUGUAGCGCACCCUCCGCAUUAACACAAUGGUGGGGUAGUGUGACACAUGGGUAGGGUACGUCCCUUUGGUGUGAUGCUGGUGGGCAACAAGGAUGCUCUGGGCUGUUAGCUGUAAACGUGAAGGGGGCCCUUUCUGGGGGCACGCAUGAGUGAAAAACACUACUACUGUUUAACUCAAUUCACUGUAUGCGGUACCUAGUGCGAUCCGAUUGCGUCCUUCAGAGAACGGCUUGUCUUGAUCGUCAUGCAGUAUUUCGCCAGGGUUUACUGACCUGCUCACGACAGAGAACAUCAUUUGGCAACGGCCAAGCCCGUGUCUCACAUUCCCACACGGAGUGUAUAAAGAAAAACUAGCAGUUUCAAGUCAUUUCAGGGGUAAAACUUGUUUCCUGGUUCCAAGUUAAAAUAAGAUCAGGUUUCCCCAAAUCAGCUGCACAAGCCUGGGGUGUCAAACAGGGUGUGCGUAGCAGAAAAGUAUCUUUUCUCA